GGGACCGGGGCUCUGGCAGCAGCUGCAGGCUUCAGUCUGGGCUGACCCGCAAUGGAGUCCACCGCCGGGAGCGAGAAGGAGAGCGGAAGAAGCGCAGCCACAGGAAAAUGCGUGAAUAGUAUCUCGGUGCCAAGACCUCCCUCCAUUGAGGACUUCACCAUAGUGAAGCCCAUUAGCCGGGGCGCCUUUGGGAAGGUGUAUCUGGGACAGAAAGGCGGCAAGUUGUAUGCAGUCAAGGUUGUCAAAAAAGCAGACAUGAUCAACAAAAAUAUGACUGAUCAGGUACAAGCUGAGAGGGAUGCACUGGCCCUAAGCAAAAGCCCUUUCAUUGUCCACUUAUACUAUUCACUGCAGUCAGCAAGCAAUGUCUACUUGCUAAUGGAAUAUCUUAUUGGUGGAGAUGUGAAAUCUCUCCUACAUAUAUAUGGUUAUUUUGAUGAAAAGAUGGCUGUGAAAUAUAUUUCUGAAGUGGCACUGGCUCUAGAUUACCUUCAUAGACACGGAAUCAUUCACAGGGAUUUGAAACCAGACAAUAUGCUUAUUUCUAAUGAAGGUCAUAUUAAAUUAACUGAUUUUGGCCUUUCCAAGGUUACUUUGAAUAGAGAUAUCAAUAUGAUGGAUAUCCUUAUAACACCAUCAAUGGCUAAACCUAGGCAAGAUUAUUCAAGAACCCCAGGACAAAUAUUAUCUCUCAUCAGCUCUUUGGGAUUUCACCCACCAGUUGAAGAAGAAAGUCAAGACUCUGCAAAUAUUCUUUCAGCCCAUGUAUCUGAAACAUCACAGCUUUCUCAAGGACAAAUUUGUCCUAUGUCUGUAGAACAAAAGGACAGUACUCCUUAUUCUAGCAAACUACUAAAAUCAUGUUUUGAAACAGUUGCCUCCAACCCCAGAAUGCCUGUAAAGUGUCUAACUUCUAAUCUACUCCAGUCUAGGAAAAGGCUGGCUACAUCCAGUGCCAGUAGUCAGUCCUACACUUUUGUAUCCAGCAUGGAAUCUGAAUGCCACAGCAGUCCUACAUGGGAAAAAGAUUGCCAGGAAAAUGACGAUGGAUCGGGCUCUCCAAUGAUGAGUUGGAACACAACUGAAAAGCCUUUAUGUACAAAAUCUACGAAUGACAUCGAGACCAUGAGUUUCAAUAAGAAGAAUCUUGAAUUAGCCCUUUCUCCCAUCCAGAAUAGUAGUGCCAUUCCUGCCAGUGGAAGCUCUUGUGUAAACCUUGCUAAAAAGUGCUUCUCUGGGAAAGAUUCUUGGGAAGCAAGAGAACUGGAUAUAAAUAACACUAAUAUGGCCACUUGCACAAGACAGUCUGGUUUUCAUCAGUCAAAUCAGGGGACUGUAAAUUCUGCUGGCAUAACUGAAGAGCACCUUGGGAAAAAAAGUGUUAAGAGACAUUUUGAGUUAGUUGACUCCAGUCCUUGUCAGGAAACUAUACUGAAUAAAAAAAAUUGUAUAGAGUAUAAGCAUAGUAAUGAAAUGAGUUAUACAAAUCAAAGUACAGGCUUAACAACUGAAAUUCAGGACCUUAAAUUAUCAGUAUAUAGAAGUCAGCAAAAUGACAGUACUUAUAAGGAGAAUAUGGUCGAUUCUUUUAUGGAUAAACAACAAACACCAGAAAAAACAAAUAUCCCAGUGAUAGCAAAAAAUCUUAUGUGCGAACUGGAUGAAGAUUGUGACAAAAAUAACAAGGACAACUUAAGUUCUAGUUUUCUAUGUUCUGAUGAUGAUAGAGGUUCUAAAAGUAUUUGUAUGGACUCUGAUUCAUCUUUUCCUGGAAUUUCUAUGUUGGAAAGUCCAUUAGAAAGGCAGUCCUUAAAUCCAAACAAAAGCAUCAAAGAAUCUUCUUUUGAAGAGUCAAAUAUUGAAGACUUCCUUAGUGUAUCACUCAGCUGCCAAGAAAGUACCUUGCCAAAAGGUGAUGAGAAUCCUGUUGUCCAAGACAGUAACCAAAAAAUGUUAGCUCCUUCUUCAGAGGUGUUGAAAACAUUAACCGUCUCUAAAAGAAAUGCUGUAGCUUUUCGAAGUUUUAACAGCCAUAUUAAUGUAUCCAAUAAUUCAGAACCAUCCAAAAUGAGCAUUGAUUUAGACGCAAUGGAUAUUUCGUGUGCUUAUAGUGGUUCAUAUCCCAUGGCCAUAACCCCAACUCAGAAAGAAAGAUCCUACUUGCCAUAUCAGCAGACCCCAAGUCAGGUCAAGUCAGGAACUCCGUAUCGAACUCCAAAGAGUGUGAGAAGAGGGGCAGCCCCAGUGGAUGAUGGGCGAAUCCUGGGAACCCCAGACUACCUCGCACCUGAGCUUCUAUUAGGCAGGGCCCAUGGUCCUGCGGUAGACUGGUGGGCACUUGGAGUUUGCUUGUUUGAGUUUCUAACAGGAAUUCCCCCUUUCAAUGAUGAAACACCACAACAGGUUUUCCAGAAUAUUCUGAAAAGAGAUAUCCCUUGGCCUGAAGGUGAAGAAAAGUUAUCUGAUGAUGCUCAAAGUGCAGUAGAAAUACUUUUAACUAUUGAUGAUACAAAGAGAGCUGGAAUGAAAGAGUUGAAACAUCAUCCUCUCUUCAGCGAUGUGGACUGGGAAAAUCUACAGCAUCAACCUAUGCCUUUCAUACCCCAACCAGAUGGCGAAACAGACACAUCGUAUUUUGAAGCCAGAAAUAAUGCUCAGCACUUGACCGUGUCUGGAUUUAGUCUAUAGCACGUAAAUUUGCCCUUUAAGCUAACCCUGUCUUAUAGAAAAAGCUGCCGUAAUUAUAUAUUCCUUAAUAUGAUUUACUUAAGGGGGGGAAUCGUUUUUCCUGGAUCAGUGAGCUUUUAUAUAUGGUUACAGCUUCCACAGAGGUAAAAGGCCAUCAAGAAUAUAAGCAAUAAGUUAUCUUAAUCUCAAAGCUUCUUUCAUCUUAUUUAUUUUGUCACUGCACUUUAUGAAAAUUAAUGCAUCAAUAAAACUAGAAUGGCACUACCAUUUUAGAGAAAGUGAGCCUUGAGCUGGAUUUUCUGUCUCUUCUGUUGAUUUCAGUCCACCAUUCAGUUCGGUGUUAAAAUAACAAAACACUAUCCAGUUUUAUUUUAAUGUAAUUUAUUUGUAUAUGAUUGCCUGCAAAAGCUAUAGUCUCCAGGGCAAUCCUUUAAAGCUGCAUUUGUGACCUCAAUAUGCAGCUGGAAAAUUUCUUCACUCAGUAGUGUAGCUCCUUUUGGGAAUGAGGGACAAACAAAAGAACUAUGGUUUUGGCUGACUCCUAUGAAUAUAGUUUUGCUACUUUGACUGUUUCCUUUGCUUUCUCUACAAUGCAUAUCUGUUUAAAAUAGUUAUGGAAAGGUUGGUCGUGAUAUACUGUAGCAGUUUUAACAGCUUGUUCAGUUUUAGUAAAAAAUGUGAUGGUUUACAUCUUAAAAUAAUUUGUUUAAAAUAUAUGCAGCAUUUCCAGCCU